UCCUCCUCCUCCUCCUCCUCCGCGCCCCGCCGGACGGUGACAGAGCGGCGGAACCAGCCGCCAGCGCCGCCGCCGGGCCCGGGACAGCAGCCGGCGCUGCCGCUGGCCAUGGUGGCCCGCCUGCCGCCGGGGGGGCAGGAGCAGGCGCGGCGGCGGCGGCCGCCAUUGCGCGGGGGGGCCGCGGGACUAUGAAGGAUGGAAGCGGACGAGGUGACGAUCCGCGAGCAGAACUUCCACAGCCAAGUGCGGGAGUACACGAUCUGUUUUCUCCUGUUUGCUGUUCUCUACAUCGUUUCUUACUUCAUAAUCACAAGAUACAAAAGGAAAGCAGAUGAGCAGGAGGAUGAAGAUGCCAUCGUUAACAGAAUAUCGCUGUUCUUGAGCACCUUCACUCUAGCAGUUUCAGCUGGUGCAGUCCUGCUUCUACCUUUCUCAAUAAUCAGCAAUGAGAUCCUGCUUUCUUUUCCACAAAACUACUAUAUUCAGUGGUUAAAUGGCUCACUAAUUCAUGGUUUGUGGAAUCUAGCUUCUCUUUUUUCGAAUUUAUGUUUGUUUGUGUUGAUGCCCUUUGCCUUUUUCUUUCUGGAAUCAGAAGGAUUUGCUGGCUUAAAAAAGGGCAUCAGAGCACGCAUUUUGGAAACCCUUGUAAUGCUUAUUCUUCUUGCACUGCUUAUCCUUGGAAUUGUAUGGGUGGCUUCAGCACUCAUAGACAAUGAUGCUGCCAGUAUGGAGUCUUUGUACGACCUCUGGGAAUUCUACCUCCCAUAUUUAUAUUCCUGUAUAUCACUGAUGGGAUGCUUGUUACUUCUGUUAUGCACGCCAGUGGGACUUUCACGGAUGUUUACAGUAAUGGGUCAGUUGCUGGUGAAGCCGACAAUCCUUGAAGACCUAGAUGAGCAGAUGUAUAUCAUCACUUUAGAGGAAGAAGCAAUUCAGAGGAGGCUUAAUGGUAUAUCUUCCACAGUGGAGUACCAGACAGUAGAGUUGGAACGGGAGCUUGAAAAAGUGAAAAGCAAGAAAACGAAUCUAGAACGGCGGAAAAAAGCUUCUGCAUGGGAAAGGAAUUUAGUCUAUCCAGCUGUUAUGAUAUUGCUACUGAUUGAAACAUCCAUCUCAGUCCUCUUAGUUGCUCUCAACAUUCUUUACCUGUUGGUUGAUGAGACUGCAAUGCCAAAGGGAUCAAGGGGACCCGGAAUAGGAAAUGCCUCCCUAUCCACCUUUGGUUUUGUGGGAGCAGCACUUGAAAUCAUUUUGAUUUUCUAUCUUAUGGUAUCCUCUGUCGUCGGCUUCUACAGUCUUCGUUUUUUUGAAAAUUUCACUCCCAGGAAGGAUGACACAACUAUGACAAAGAUCAUUGGAAACUGUGUCUCAAUCUUGGUGCUGAGCUCUGCUUUGCCAGUGAUGUCAAGGACACUGGGAAUCACCAGAUUUGAUCUGCUUGGAGACUUCGGAAGGUUUAACUGGCUGGGAAACUUCUAUAUUGUAUUGUCUUACAACAUGCUUUUUGCUAUCAUGACGACAUUAUGUCUGGUCAGAAAGUUCACUUCCGCUGUGCGAGAAGAGCUCCUGAAGGCACUAGGAUUAGAUAAACUUCAUCUGUCAAACAAUCCAAGAGAGUCAGAGACAAAGCCGUCUGCAAAUGGGCAUCAGAAAACACUGUGAUUAACAAUCGCCUGCAAUCAACAGAGCUGAAAACAUCAACCUCAUGGCAUUCCUGGCAUCUCAUCAGCAUUUUUAUAUUGAUUCUGUUUGUUGAUAAUUUGGGUCCAACCUUGUCUCAUUUUUUGAUGCUGUGUGCUUCUGAGGAAGUUAGGUAUCAGCUUCUUCUCUUUCCAGUGAACUUUUGGUUUGCGUGUUUAUUUCCCAGUAAGUUAAUACAGGAGGUGCCUUGAAGAUUGGAAGCUGAAGAGAAUAACGCAUUCCUUUUUAUUUGUUGUCAGUCUCACAUCUUUAGUUACAAACCUGCUACCAUUUGAAUGCACAGUACCUCCUGUGUUACACAGACACAGCUAUAAAGAGUAACUUUGGGACUUGGUUAAAAAAAAAAAAAAAGAAGGAAAACAGAUACACUUGAAGCCCAAUAUGACCCUUACUGGAAAUGUAAACUACCUGGAGUAGGUAUCCUUCACAGUAGAUAAACAGUUCCACUAAGAACAUGGUAAAAAUGAGAGUAACUGGUGGCAAUCCUAGUUCCUUUCGUGCUGGACGCAGCAAGCUGUUCAUGGUCUGAUGUCAUGAAGCUUUUUUGGAAGGCCAGCGUUUUCAGCUUUCUGUUUUUAGCUAUAAAUGCCAGUUGCUUUACUGGUAGUCAGACAAUGUCUUAUUGAAGAGUGAAGUACAAGAUGAAGAUUAACUUCAGUGUUAAAUCUGAGCCUAGUAUGCUUUGUAAAAAGCUGUGUAGACCCCUGUCACAGCUCUUACAGUUCUGUGAGCUGUUGUGCCGUGGAGGUCACCCUACCAAGUACAUCCCUGUAAAAUUCUUUUUUGAACUACUGUGUAUAAGCAGUACUUGUAAUCAAUGCAAGUAGCACAGGCCUAGGAGGCUGCAAUUGCAGUUUUUUACAAUCUUCUUUAAUUUGAAGUAAAUUAUUUCCCUGAAUUUAUACCAUAGUUACUAGGAUUUCUGUUCAGUGGCAUAAUCCAGUAUCUUUCACUAGCCUGUUUUUUAAUGUAUACCUGAACAUGUGUAUAGGCCUAUAUGUGUAGCUACCAUAAAUUAAAUUCUAAGCUUAUGGAGAGGACAUAGGUGGCUUGGUAAGUAAAACUUGUGUGUUCACUCUUGGUAGUAUGAAUUUCUGUGGUGUUACAGUUUGACUGCUCAGAGGCCUUAGAUUUGGGAUGGCAUCAGUGGGUGGUAACAUCCUUUUUCUUAGCAUUACUGCAGCCUUAGGAAUCCUUCAAGCAGUUUAUAGUAAAGAAAAAGCCCACCAACCAAAACCCAAGUAAGUAUUCAAAAUCUGGUUGCACUUCUGUCCUGCUCUACCACAAGCAAUCUUCAAACAGAUUGGAAUGGGGACACUUUCAGUCUGUGCCCAUUAUCUAGCAAGUCAGAUAACGUUCCUGUUUAUUUCCCAUUUCUGUAAAACAGGUAUGUCUGUCUGGCGUUUGAGGUCUUCUACAUGGUCAGGUGGUGACAACUAGCUCUCCCGUGUGGUUCUAAAAUAAGAUAAACUUUGUGUGAGAAACUCUUUGACUGUACUCCUGAGGUGACUGCUCUGGGCUUUAGACCUUGCUGCUGUGUGUGUGAAUGUGAGCUUUUUUUUUUUUUCCCCUAGAGUGCUUCAGAAAUCCAGCUCCAGUAUACACGAGGGUUUUUCAGUUGGGGUUGGUGUGGGUUUUUUUUUUUUUUUUUUUUUCUUUUUGCAGCUGCCUUUUCUGACUGGAACUGGGGCAUAAUGUAAAUACUGCUGUAGUAGAUACGAUACUAGAGAGUUACUUUUUUUUUGUGUGAUUAGUGUAAAUUCAAGGCUUAUUAAACUGACUAUUGAUGUGUUGUACUCAGUCUUGGAAGACAAAGUAAAAUUGCUUGAUUUCACUAAGAUUUACAAGCAUCUUUGUUGUUUAAGUUUAAUGCUGACAUUUUAGUGAGAAAUCUUUGUCUGAGUCAAAGUUCUGCAACCAAGAGCAGGGAGCUGUAAUUAAAAGUUGUUUAAAAAUGUGUUUACAAUUAAAAUAUUGAGAGAUUUAUUAUUAGGGGUGUCAUUCAGGUAUUCUCAGAGCUUGUAGCCUUGUCUAUUAGCAUUAUAGUUACAAAGAACAGAAAUGAAUUCACUUGUCCAUGCAAGUGACUGUGACCAAAAUUGUUGUCAUGUCUUAAUGGGACUGGUGAGUUGUGGUGUGUGAGGCUAGUUAGCUUUAUAAAAAUAUUUCCAUUUCAACUUUUAAGACAGUUAUUUAAAUACACUCUGUGUAACUGAAGAAAUUAAUUUAAGGAAUAAAUCUAGGGAGUGUGAACCAGUGUAGGUCUUGCUUUUCAUGCUUUUGGAGAGGUGUUUGUCCUGGCAUCAGUGACCCAAGAACAUAAAAAUAGAUGGGAUUAUCAUGUGUAUGUGGUUUCUGAAAGCAAGUUGGGCAAUUACUUCAGUUGAGCAGAGACAGUUCCUGAAGAUAAGCACACAAGCUUCAGGAAAGAAUUUAAAACUCUUUCAAAACAAAUGUUACAGCCUUGCCUCUUCCCACUCCUGCUGGAUUCUGCAGUCAGAGGGAUGUACGGGUUAAGGCUGCGUUAGUGAAGAUUUGACAAUGAAAUAUGGAGGAUGGUUAAGAUGCUGUGUGGUUUUCAAGGUGGGCAAGAAAUUCAGGACUACCCUGUGCAACUACUGACAGUCUUUUGUUUUAAAAUCAGCUGUUUAUAUUGUGACACCGUUCACAUUAAAAUAUGCCUUUGGCCUUGAAAAUGACAUGCUUAUGCAAAACUUUACAGAUAAAAUGCUACAAAUAUACUAUGUGUAAGAUACAGGUCACUAUAUACUUUUCACAGAAGCAUAUGGUCACUUAAAUACAAGCAACUGGUAAUUCAUUAAUGGAUAUUGACAAUACAUUCCUAGUAUUUUGACUCAUGUAGAGUCAGGUGGUCUAUACCUUCAAGGUAUAUACAGCUGAUCUUAGUAACAUUAACAUCUGCCUCACUUCUUAUGAGGCAAAAAGCACAUAAAUGCUUCCAUCUUCAACUAGAUACCACACAAGACCAAAAAAUAGAUAGAAACUAGGUGUUUUAAGUUAGCCAUUUCUUGGCUUUAUUCUGUGUUGGUAGCACAAUAUUAAAUUCAGUGGCAGAACUGUAGUAUUGUGGGAUUUCUAAGCAUAAAGCACACAUACUUUAUCACUUUAAGCUAAAAAAUAAUAGCAUUGGUUACUGUACAAGUAACAGUUUUUUGCAUUCAUAGGAAGCUUUGUAUACUCUCUGUAAUGUGAUGUUUACCUCUGGCCCUGUUCUUCCUAUACCUUUUACCCUGUUGACUGUUUUAGUGUCAUAUAAAUUAAAGGAUUUGACAAGUUGUUUUCCUUGUCUGGUUCCGAAGUACCACCUCGAGUACCAUCGAGGCACAGGUCUGUGCAGACAGGCUCUCGUGCAGGCGUGUGCUGAACGGGACGCACAUGCGAGUGGGUGCUACAGUGUGACACUCUCUCCAGUGUGUUGCCAGGAGUGAUGCGUGUGAAGGGGGCUGCAGCCCUCGUCUGGCCCACCAGGUCUCUCCUGCUCGCCCGUAUGACUCUGCAGCAGCUGAUGCUCCUUCAGGUGCUCACAUGUGCCCACUGCUGCGUAGUAAAGACAAGAUGGCCCUUUUCGUAAAGAAUUUACAAUCUAAAUUAGAAAAGAAUAAGGUAGAAACAAAGAGCAAUUGGCUGCUUCAUGCCCAUGAUUUUCCUUGAAUUUUUGCAAGAAUGUUCUAGGUUAUUUUCCUUUCUUUUCCUCCUCUUCUAGAAGCUGAGGUGGUGUACGUACAGCAGCUGAGCCCUUCGCUUAGUGGACUAGCAUCUACGAUCUUGAUAUACCAAAUAGAGGAAGACAGCUAAACCAUGUUGUUUUACAUAUACUCUGAUUUUUUUAAAAUAGCAAUUUUUAAAAUCCAAGUAAAGUAAUACAAGCAGAGACAGUAUGCUAAGGCCAUGCUGUGUUAACCUCUUUAAAAGAAACAUGCUUAGUUUUGUUUAAAAAAAGUGUUGAUGUGAACUGUGAACCUUUAAAUGUUUUAAGGAAAUAAGAUCUCCUACCCUCUAGUGUUAGUAUUUUUGUUGUUAUUUUAGUGCUGACUUGAGACAAUAUUGCAUACGCUAACUUCCCUCCCCAACUCGCAUAUUUCAUGAGCUGGAAUCUUGAGCUCCCCAAUAUUGAAUUUACUAUUGGUAAACUGGCAAGUGAUCUCAGUCGCAUUAACAGUAUUUGAACUUUACAAAAAUGCUGGGCUUGAAUCCAUCCCACUCAGGGACAGCAAUGUAAGCCAACAGCUAUCACCCAGGUGGUGAUAGACUCUGCCACCUUUUUUUUACCCUGCCCAGUGCCCUCACCUCAGGCAAACUGUCUCUGACGCUGUCACCAGAAGCUGCUGUGGUGCUUUUCUGCUCAAGGCAUGAGGUCAGCCUGCGGUUUGUCUGUCUGUCACACAGUUUUAGUUGCUGCAUUGAGUUGCUUUUGGUUGGGAUGCAAACUCUCUGGGUUUCCAGGUGAUAGCUGUGCAUGUUCUUGAACUGCACUGUUCUGCUCUGUUCCAUUGUGUUGGGACUAAGAACUCGUUCAGGAUUUUCUGGCUGUAGGUUCCUGUGCAGGCCAUUCUGUGAAUGGCUUCUUGCUGUCUCAGGAAUGUCGCAUGGUUCUGCACAGAACCGUGUCCCCCCUGACCACAUCCUGAGAGGAUCUCCUGCACGUGUCAUUUUAACAAUUAAAGCCUGACAAUAUCAGUCAGAAUCUUAGGAAGGAGAACCCAUCUUGUGGGGACUUAAUGCUAAGUGUGACUUCCAGAAUCCCCACUGCGCCCAGUAACUGGGGAGGGGUUAGCUGGGGGAAAUGACGUGGAACUCACCUGUGCAGUCUGUUUUCCAUUCUUUACCUAGUCAAUCAUUAAGAUUCCAUGUUAGUAAAAUUUAUGUAAAAUCAAGGUCAUGAAAUUCAGGGGCAAAUUAAGCUUUUUUCUAAAUCCGGCCUUAAUUCUUGAAGACAUCUAACAUCUUGGCUUGCUUUCCGUUUUAAUGUUUUCAAGUCAUUCACUACCUUAUUUGGUGACAUUGAUGUUAAGAAGAUGCUGCUCUUGAUAUAGACAAAAUAUGAGCUAACAGAACAAUAUAGAUAUAUUGAUCUGAUGUAAGAUCUGUAAGAAUAUAUACCAGAAGGAAACACAAAUGGGAAGGUUCUUUUGAAAUGUUUCAUAACUGAAGCACCUAGAACUCUUCUUUCAAAGAGAAACACAUGUAUUGUUAGUGUAUGAAAAUUAAUUGUAUGUUCUCUAAAUAUUCCAGUAAUUCACUGACACUGAAAAGACCUUCAUAAAUUCUUAAAAUCUCUUUUGUGAUUCACAGUGCAGCAGUAUCCUUGACUUUAAAUUUGUAGAAGCCUCUAAAGUUCUGAAGACAGCUCUGUCUUGGCAACAGAAAACCUGAGGAUGCUUGCUAGUUCUGUAUUAAUUACCAUAUUUUUCUAAAUAACUCUUUCAGUUUAUUGCUUAGAUUUUUUUUUUUAUAGACAUAGCAUUAAAAGUUUUAACAAAUAUACAAUGUCACUCCAAACGGUCAAAGAGAGAGUGUUAGAAGUACCCUGUAAAUGUUGAUAAUUCUGUCGUGCUAACUCCAAGCUAUUUAAAAGCUGUAUCUGUAUGAAGGCCUCACAUAAACAUAAAAAUUAGGAAAUCUCAAUUCUUAAAGGCUUUAGGUAUCUGACUAUUAAUUUGUACCCACAUGAGCACUUUGGGAUACUGCUUCUAAAUGUUUGUUGUAUAUUAACCUCAAGUACUGCUGUUGCUUCUACACCCCUACCCCCCCUUUACAUUAAGUUUUAUAGUCGACAUCACUGGAUAAAGCUCCUUUAAUGAACAGUGCUUUAAUUUGCAUUCCUCAUAUUCAGUGUUUUCAUAGAUACCAGCUACUGAAGUAUCAGUGCACUUGCUUUGAUUUUAAUGGAUUUCAUUUCCCAGAUAGUCUAACAGAGACAUUCCUUAGUUAGAAAUGUUUUUCCAUUAUGGAAAUGUUAGUAUUUAUUCAUUCAUUUGUAGUUGAUCUUUUUUUUUAUCACUAGAUUCCAUUAAAGCAAUCCUGUCAUUAGAGUGGGUCCUCUAACGAAUUACCAAGAGCUCAUCGAAGUUUGAAUUGGGAGUGAGAUGCAAAUAUAUGUGCUUUUAACUUUCAGUAGUGUGAGGCAACCGACCCACCUCUUAGUGAGAGUAACGUGCUUGUCCAGCGUAUUUGAGCCCAUGCCGAUGGCAGCUACUCUGGAGUAGCUGAUGUUCUGUGGAACCACUCCUCAGUUAUCUUCCUUGCAAUUUGUAGAGUAAGACUACAGCUCUCGAUGUGCCUUGCUGCCUCACUUGAUUGGCCAUCGAGACGCGUUGUUCCGGUGUGUUGGCAGUGUGUAACACACUCCUGUUUUGACCAAAGUCAAACUUUGCAUGGUGCCAAGGUAAGACUCUUCAUGCGUUUUCUGUAUGUGUUGUAGUUCAGGCCUAUGAGCAUGUUCUGGACCUUCUCUUGCCAUGUAAAACGAUCAUUAGGAAAAAGAGGUAUGAUGGCUGUACCCGUAUUGUGAAUAUGAUGGAUGUGUUUAAAUGCUUAAGGAGAAAAUCAACUGGUGCGUGACUUCUGUUUUCCCCCUAACCACGAGUUUUCCCAAUCUGGGCCAAAAUACUUAGAUUCAUAAAACCUGUGUGAUUCACUUUCUCUUCCCUGUCUUUAUACAGCAAAACAAAGUUGAGCACUUUUUUUUUUUUUUUUUUAAAGGUAGGUUUCAAAGUAUUUUUGUCUUAUUUGGCCCGACUUCUAUUGCUUUAAAAACAAAUAGAUAGAAAAUGAAGGUACAUUUGGGCUUGGGUUUGAAAUCUUAAAGUGUAUGAAACAUGCUUGUAGACAAAAAAUAUGGCUGGAUUUCCUUUACUUUCUUGUGGGGUCAGGAACCCAACUCUACCUAAAUAGAAGAUACUCAUUGCACCUAUCUUCACAAAGCUUUGUCUCCAAAAUUCCUGCUGAGGAGGCUGAGGAUCGGAGUGCUGCUGGCCCUCUCAUCACACGGGAUUGGCUGUACAUGGACUUGGGUGAUGCAACCAUAACAAUACAGCGCUUCUAUGGAUUUUGCUACUGCUGGUGCCAUAACAAUGGCAGCAGAUGGCUUCUGUCAUGCACUUUCAGGUUUUAUCACUGUAGUGUUACUGGUUAAAUUUCAGUUUACAAAAAAGAAAAUUUACGCACAACCUUAACUGUGUAUGAGACUGAGAUAGUGAAUGGAAUGGGCGGUCCCCUCUUGGCUUGAUUUCUGCUUAAGACUUCUUAAACUCUGCAGUCUUGAGCAACCGAUGUCUGUUUCACAUGGAUGUGUCCUGGACCAAGGUUAAAUAUAGCUGAAAACUUAUGCUUUUACUGUUACUUUAAUGAGAACAAUUACAAUUUUUCACGUACGUACCUUCUCCCUAUCAAACCCCUCCUGGUUUAUUUUAGGUCAUUCAGAAAUACGUUUUAUAAUAUUCUCAGUUGUGGAUACUUUGUUGUGUUACAAAACUAAAUGAAAAUACUUGCCGCCUUAUCCAGGUUGAAUUUUUUGUGAAAAGCAGUGGUGGUGGUGUUUUUUCCUUUGUUUGAAAUGUUGCACUGAAUGUUUUGUAGAAGAUUUUUUUUUUUUAACUGUGUUUUCAAUAAAGUGUGAUUCAUAGUGGA